AUGGGCUGCCGCCACUCGAAAGCCAGUGACGCCGUCGUCUCUCUCACGGCACGAGGAGCUCAGCACGAGAGCCACCGAGACGACGUCACGUCCGACUUGAUCCAGCACACGUACGUCAACGACGUGAGCGAGUUCUUUGACAUUCGCUCGACGAUUGGCACGGGACACUGUGGCUGCGUCAAGUACGCAGUAAGCAAGCGAUCGGGCCAAGCGUGGGCUGUCAAGGUCGCUGCCCUCAGCAAUCGAGGAGACCGAGACGCACUGUGGCACGAACGAAGUAUGUUGAAGCGACUGCACCAUCCACAGAUUGUGCCACUGCUCGGCUCGUUCGAAGACAAGGACCAGCUGUACCUGGUCACGCAGCUCUGUCACGGCAAAGACCUCUACGAACACGUAUACCGAGCGCACCGCACGUUCACCGAGAGCGACGUGCGCACCGUCAUUCGCGCGCUGCUGCGUGCACUCGUCUAUUUGCACGCUCGCUCGAUCACCCACCGCGACUUGAAGCUCGAGAAUCUGGUGCUGGCCGACGCAGCGGAUCCAGGCUCGAUUCGUCUGUGUAACUUUGGGCUCAGCACACACUUCCAGCGGCGCGAGAAGCUCAUUGAACCAGUCGGAACGAUCGACUACGUGGCGCCGGAAGUCUUGGACGGCGACUACAAUGAAAAGUGCGAUCUCUGGAGCGUGGGCGUGAUCUGCUUUGAGCUACUCACGGGCGUGUCGCCAUUCCACGGAGCGACGAUUGACGAUACGAUGGAAAACAUCUACGACGGCGUGUUGGUCUUUGAGACGGACCUGUGGGCCAAGUUCUCGCCGAGCGCUGUGCUUUUCAUCCAGUCGCUCGUAAAAGAAGACGUGGACGAGCGACUGUCAGCAAAGCAGGCACUGGCUUCGUACUGGCUCAACGAAGAAGAGCUAACGCACGUGGACAGCCCUCGUCGUGCUCGCCUGCAGAGUGAUCAACGGCUGCUACUAGCGAACAUGCGUCGCUUCAGCACGUAUCGAAAGAUGAAGCAAACGGCGUUGUUGGCAAUCGCCCUCGGCAUCGCCGACAACCACGUGCAGCAGCAAGUGGCUGCGCAGGUGUUCGGUGCGAUCGACCGCACACGGACAGGAUCACUAUCACGUCCCGACUUCCGCAGUGCUCUGCUCGAGAGCGGUCUAUUGGAUGCGGACGCAGACACGCUCUUCCAGCAGGUGAAUCAAUCCAAGAGCGGCCGCAUGAACUUUCUAGAGUUCAUGGCUGCAACAAUCGACGAGCGCGACGUGAGUCUACCGACGAUCAAAGAGGCGUUUGGCCUUUUGGAUAGCACGAACCAGGGCCGGUUGUCGACGAGUGGACUUCAGAACGUCUUCCGACACUCGAUGGACGCCCAAGAACUGAGCGAUCUGAUUGCAUCGAUCGACAGCAAAGACGAGGGCUACGUGGACUUUGAGGCGUUCCAGGGUUUAUUUGCAGCCGCAGCAACGGAGACGCUCGAGCUGCAACGUACAGAGGAAGAAGUGGACGCUCUAGCAGUCAAAACGCACGCGACACCCGGUGGCGUGGAGAAGCCGAUAUCAAAGUCCCAUAGUUUCAACACGGGCACGGAAAGUAUGACCGAUAGUUCCAUUGCGAGUUCCACGCCAAGUGUGACGAGCUACUACGAGUCUGGACUGACGCUCGCAGCGCGGCAUGAACCUAUAGUUGUAGGUAGGACCUAA